CCGUGAGAAGCACUUGACCAACAUCUGGCUUGCUACGCUGGGCAGCAAUGGCUCCCUUACGCGAUGCCAGUUAUUUCCCCUCCCUGGACAAAUGUUUGACAGGCGAGGAAUUAUUGAUCUCAUGGAAAUCGGCCUUUGCUGCAAUCACAAGUGAAUUUGAGCUGGACGACGAACACCAAGAUGCGAUCCAAGAGUUCCUACAAGAUUCCGAAGUCCUACAUCUGCUCGCAAACCCUUUUGAAGCCUUUUUGGAGCCAUCACCGCAAACAAAGAGCACAUUCGAGACGAAAACUUCUGCCAUCAAUGUCACUCCCUCUUCCAACGCGAAAUACGACAUCAAGCAGAUCAAGGAGGAUACACUGUGGCUGAGCAGAGUUGCUAGACUGGACGAAGUGUCGGCGCUUAGGGUUGUAGUGGGGGAGUGCCAGUCUCGCGCAGCCGCUCAACUAUUGGGUCCUUUUUCUGAGGAGGAGCUUGUCGGCAUUCGAGAAGCAGCUGGCAAUAGCAGAUAUUCUAGCCCGAUUCCACUUUCACUCCUCUCUGGAGCCGUUGAGCCGACCACGAUUCAGAAGAACUUCGACAAGGAAGGCAGUCGACGAUCACGUAUACUUCGAACGUACCUCUCAGAAAGAAGACACUUCUUCAAGUGCACCGAACGACUCCUUCACGCUGCUUACCGCAGAGUGGAUGCUGGUAGACAAGAAAAUAAGGGCAAACAACCAGAAAAAGGAGCGCCUUGGUUGGCAAAGGCUGGGGAUACUCUUUACAGCAAAAUCGCAAAAGGCAGUGAGCCCAAACUCAUUAUAAAGGCCAUCGCGACCAUCGAAAGCAAUGUCAAAAGCAUCGAAAAUGGCAGCGGCUGGUCUGAUGAAUGUGAAGGCGGAGAUGAACUUGAGAUGGACUGGUUACAGACCAAGAUCAUCGAGACAAUUCACAUAAUGGAACUCAUCUGGACCCUUAUGAUAUACGUCGUGGAUUGUCCUUCGUCCGAUAUAAUUCUGGCUUGGUUCCACCUUCAGCAGGCUUGCAAAUUCUUCAGCACUUUCGAAAUGGAACACCCGAAUAUUCAGGGAAUCUUGUUCGCAUUCCAAUCUACAUCAAUGCUUGUAUCAUUGAUUAUGAUCAGUUUAACUCCCUGCAUUGAGUUCUUACAAGAUUCGCAUAAUCAUGAAGGAGUUUCACCUGAUGCUCCGACCGAUGAGAUGUACAUCUUCAAUACUACAACUAUCAUGGAGAUUCACAGCAUCGUGCUUGAAGCUGCAGAUAAUGGCUUCCCAACUGCAGGUCCUGCUACACUUGCUUGGGCUUAUGUAGUGAGUGCUAUGCAAGAACGUGUACAGGCUGACAACACACCGGAGCCCUCUCGUUUUGAUCGCGCGACCUCGGUCGAUACAGAGCUUACCAUGGCCCCUGAUUGCUACAGAGACACCCUUGACCAGAUUGUUGCCACUGUCGACAGUGACAUUGUCGAAUUCCUUGGCAUUCGAGCUGUCAAUACCUGUCGCGUCUUCGAGACACUCACCAGUUUAUCCCUCCAACUGGGAACCACAACGGCUGCGCUGUUCCCAUAUACGACGGGGUCUCAAAUGCGUACGCUUAUUUUGGAUCUUCUCAAGUAUGCUCUGGGGCUUGGAUACCUUCCUGAACUUAUGCAAGCUGUCAUUUCAACGCUUACAGGCGGCCGAGACUACUGGACGAUUUCAUCCUCAAAGCCCCUCCUUCAAGUCGACGACCCCAUGGUGCACUUUUUAAGUGAUACAGAUCUUGUUAACGCAACUGUUAUGAAUGCUCAACAACGGUACCCAUAUGAAUCACUGCCAUUCCUGCAAAUGGUUCGAGCGCUGGCUGCAUCGCCUGCUACAUUUGGAACCGAGCCUUCACAAUCUGUUCUCGCACUUCUCGAGGCUAUGCCAGUCUUUACUUACACGCUACCACCCCAUUUCGCAGAUUAUGAGACCGCGCAAGAAGAGGAUAACAACAACACCAUCAGAUUGACUCAGCCUGUCCAACUCUUUGAGCCUCGGUCCAAAUCUUCUCGCCUUCAGAGUAUGCAGAUUAAAUCGUGGGCUGUCACCAGACUUGACCAAGAUUUCUGCAUUCCAGCUGGUGCUUAUGGUCGUAUCAUAUCUGAAGCCGGCCCGAGGGUCGCUUUCUGGUUUCACGAAUACCCAGCCUUGAAGUACUUUGGCAAGCUUCUCGAGACAUUCUUGGCAGCAGGCGAUGUGAUUGAUGCAACUGCGGGUGGGCCUGCAGACCGCGAUUCUGUCUGCGAGAUUAUCAACAUCAUUGCAACUCUCCUUCUUAGCACGUUCCAAUCCGCUGAGGCCAAUAACAACUGGAAAGAAGAUGCACGACGCGUCUUGGAGCAGUCCAGUGCCGGUCUCAGCCGCAACCGGGACAUCACAUCUGUGAUAUUCGAUAUAUUUGAGCAAGAACUUCAGAAUAUAUCAUCCUCAUCCGGGUCUGAGACAUCUCUGGAGAUACUUGUCAAUUGCAUCUCCUUCAUCCAUGCCAUGUUACCCGUGUUCCCUGGACGAGUCUGGCCUCUCCUCGCACGAAGUGGUCUUUUAGGUGUUACUAGAGGAAGUGGACAGCUAUCUGUAAUCGUGGAAGGUGUGGAACUUGUAUCAGGCCGGUAUGGAUUUCUGACUUCAUGCUGUCGACUGUACGAGGCACUUGUCGACGAUUUCGCAACCAAUGCAAUUCUCAGACGGGGUGGCGGUCGAUCAUCUGCAAGAUUUCAAGAAGGGGAUGAUGUAGGCACUGGCAUCCCUGACCACACCCUCUCGAAAGUGCUUUUCGUAUUCACAAGAUAUCUCGUGGACGUUUUCGAGAGCUCUUGUACCUGGAGAUACCAAGACCAGGAUGAUCGUCAAAGAGUCAGCCUUGUCAUUGGUGCUGCGCUGAAUCAAGUUCUGCAAUAUGCAUACGGCAUCGAAUCCUGGGCAGACGACGACAAAUCUGACCAGAAGACUUUCAAGCCUAAAAGUGUUCUUACGGCGGGUGCUGUCAAAAAGCAGAAAGUUACGCGAAUUAUGGACCCACUCCUACCAUCAGCAUCACAUAUUGUGGAGACCUUUUUAUCAAGCUCUUCCGGUGCACUGAGAUUUCAGCCUCUUUUGCGAUCUUACUUUGAUGGUCUAGCAACCCCUGACUCGACUGUCUUCGUCCAUUCCACGAACUUGCGCAUAUCACAUAUUACAACACUUCUCUCAUUCUCAACUACACUACUUCGAGUGAGCAAGUUACUGAACCGGCCAUCUUCUCAGCUCGAAAAGCAUCUUUUCAAAGCCUCGCCGUUAAUAGCUCGUCUUUAUGCCGCAAACGACUUUUAUCGAAAUCCCGUGGUGGCUCUUUUCGAGGCUCUCAUUGUCACAGCUGCCUCUGGCAAUUCAGAACCUCCUUCUAUAUUAGGCCAUCUAGGAGGUUUGACGGCUAGAAAUUUCCUUCACAUGCUAACAGAUCUCGAUCAACCACUAUCCAGAGGACAUAACAUUAUCACUAUAUGGCAUUUCUUGUCUAUGGUAGUGAGUAGUCGUCAACAGUGGUUUGCAAAUUAUCUCCUUACUGGCAAAACACCAAGAGAUGCAAUGAAGAGUGGGACCACUGGCAAGGAGGUGGCAUCGUUGGAGAAACCUCUGUUGACCACGGCACUUGAGAAGCUAUCGAAGAUCGACGAGAUUCCACAAGCGCAAUCUUUGGUGAUGCUGGAAUUCGUUUCGCGUGCCCAAAGCUUUUGGCCUUGGACAGUCUGCAAUACCCCUAUGUACGCUGCAUUCAUCAAGAACAUAUCGGAAUUCGCAGGCAGGCUCAGGCCCAUACAAUCUUCGUCAAAGACAGAGGAAUAUUAUGAACCUUGCUACCAAACUCGCAUUGCAAGCCACAUAGCAGAGAUUUUGGCCAUGCACCUGUUCCAUUCGAGACAAAUCGGAGCUGCAUCACCACUGAAGGACCUGAAAGAGAACUUAUCCUUCUUCUCAAGAUUCGCCGUUGGUGUCCCUAAUUUCAAUGCGUCACUUCAUGCUUCAUUGAAAAAAAAUCUGGAAGCUCGAUUCCCAGGUUGCACACUCCAAGACCUGAAGCGUACGACCCUGGAGCCUCCUCAAAUUGGGAAAAAUUUCUUUUACGAUCUAACACUUGCUAAUAAAUUACUCCAACACGACUCCGCUUGGACUGGACGACAAGAUGGGGGUCUUCAAAUGGAAGUUGAACGUGCGAACCUCAACUUGUCACUUGUUGACGCACAAAUAGCUUUGUUUCACAGCUGGAAAUUUCUCGCUAUAGAGCUAAGUGUCAAUAUGAAAGGCGAUGCCGAUCUUGAAAGAAUGUGUGCCGAGGUGGUUAAUAGUUGCCUCCUAGCCAAUUGUGCAUAUGAACACCCUGAAGAGGUUUUCGCUCGUCUGUCUCUGAUACGUACGGAUUUUGCUCUUGUGCUUGCUCAACGCUUGAUUCAAGCCGAAACGUCGAUUGAAGAGGUGAAAAAUUUACUGUCUGUUGUCUGGAAGACUAUCACCAAACUCCGCGGUUCUUUCGAGCGAGCUGUCCCCGACGGCGACAUACUCUACUACAGAUCUUUACUGAAGGUCUUAUUUCUUGCAGUUCGGGUGCAUGCCGAAGCCAAAUCAGAAGUAAAGGAGAAUGAUCUGCGAGCAUCUUUGCGUAUCAACCAAUCCGCUCCCAUCAUUCCAAUUAUCCUCGAUAUCAUCAAACAUGUCGUAUCGAUGGGUCUCCGUGAAUUGGCUUCAGCUGUUCAUGACUCUCCAGCGGAUUCAUCACCAGAAGAUCUAUCUCUGUUGACUGGCAUCUUGCAAUCAUGUCUCCGCAUCCCAGGUAUUGAGCUGUACCACACACAAAUCGUCAACAUCGUGUCGAGCAAUUCCACUCCCCGUGUUGCUCUGACGCUCUUUUCGUGGUCAGAUAAAAUUGCAAUCGAUGGUGACCCCAUUUACGGCGAGCUGAGCAUGCUCUUCCUGGUCGAGUUGUCCAGCAUCCCUCUCAUGGCCGAACAACUUGCAAUCGAUGGUAUCCUCGGUCACAUUGCGUCUGCAAGUAUUACGUCCUAUCUCCGUCGAGGCGGUGUGGGCCCCUUUGCAGACAGUGCUGGACUUCAGCGCUGCUAUAGCAUCUGGGUACGCGGCAUCCUACCUCUCUUACUCAAUAUUAUCGAUGCGGUGCAAGCUUCUGUGACUACAGAAGUAGCGUUAUUCCUGGAACAGUUCCCAACCUUACUAGCUCAAUCUGAGCAAGCUUUGGACGCGCCAGAAACGAGUCGCAUCGUGCCCAAAGGACAGACGAAAUACAUCACACUUACCAUCUGCUCAGAACUACACUCGAUGGCGCUGUUGACAUUCGUCCUGAAUGGUUUCAGGGAAGUUCUGAAAGGUACAACGGAAGUCCCGGACGUCAAGUGGGAUGCAGCAGGUGUACUAGAGAAUGCUGAAUUUUGGUUAACUUCACGGGCAUUACUCCGAGAGCGAAUAUUACCAAUGGGCGAAAGAGAGGUGGCCAUGGUCAAAAAGAAGAAUGCGGAAGGCCGAGCAGUGAGCGCAUUGGAGAAUAAGGUUGUAAUUGAGUUGAUGGGCAUCAGGGAUGUGCUGAGCAGCGGGAACGAUUCGUGAUUCACGAAGAUUGCAUUGUCGGCGUUCAAGGAAGGAUAUUUGACAGAAGGAAUUGUUGCAUCUCAGAUCAUAGUCUGGUAGAGACUAGAUAGAAGGAAAAUGGUGGAUAGUCAUGCAAUAGAUACCAAUGGCGAGAGGGGCUUCCUCGAACCACAAC